GCUGGUAGGACAGGUCACAGCUACAGCUGAGCCGAUGAGAUCAUGGAGCCUGCACUGAGGUCGGACGGGAUACGGCCGGGGACCCAGCGGUGAUGGAGAGGUGUCUGUCCCUACCCGAGUCCAUGAUGACCUGCAGUGUUGCUGAACUCACAACCCAUUUGGCCAAAAUCUCUCAGAGUGGACUGCCAACAGAUGUUUUCUUUUAAAGGAUGUAAAAAGGCCUCAGCCUUCCAGCCUACACAUCCAGGAAUGGACAGGUGAAAACUAAGAGGCCAAAACGUGGCCUUCAUAAAUCCUGUAGCUUCCUUCUGGCUGGCUCCAUAACGGGAAAUAACAAAUAUUGUCACCUGCAAAAGUUUCCUCAUAGGAGCUCUAUUUUGCCAUAAAAAGAUGCCUUUAAAUGUGAGACCUAAGCCCUCACACAGCAAGCUGUCUGCUGUUGCUAAGAGUAGCGGGCACAGUGAAGGAAGCACAUCUCAUUCACGCUUCUCAAGGUCUCCUAAACAAGGCAAGGGCAAGCAGGCUGUAAGCUCGGCACCAGGAUCCCGCUCAGGACUCGAGCCAGGCUGUGUGUCAGGGGGUGGGCCUGCACCAGUGUCUAAGCUGGCAGGAAAUCAAGGGUCAGUGUCAAAGCCAGGUUCAAAAACUCAAGCUGGCAAAGCAGCAGCAGACAAGAGAUCAUCUCAUUGUUCAGCAACAGCUCCGGGUGGUAAAACCCUGUCUAUGGAGAACAUCCAGUCUUUAAGUGCUGCUUAUGCCACUUCUGGCACUAUGUAUCCUAGUGAGCGUGAGUCCUUGGAAUCUUCUAGUGGUUUCCCCAAAGGCACAAUGACAUUAGGCAGAAGUACCAACCACUCUUCUUACACUGGCCGGACAGCAGCAAUGAGAAGCAGCCCAAACAUCACGUCCUCUGGGCUGCAUCACUUGUCAGACGCUUGUGGAGACCAAAGUGGGCUUUCUGCAGGGACUUCCAGUCUGCGUCUACAAACUGGAAGUUGUACACGUACUCUGGAUUCUGCUAGACGGGGAGAUAUUUCCACCUGUGACCUCCAGGCUCAGCUGAAGGACCUGCAGAGAGAGAACGACAGCCUCCGAAGAGAACUAGAAGGAGGGAGGGAGAAGAAAACUGGUUAUGGCACGAACAAUGUUGAUUUCUGGUGUCCAGAUGUAAAGAGAGACAGGGGGAGCAGGCGAGAAGAUGGGGUGAGAACUUCCUCCCAUAUGAAGGACCAAUAUAAGGCGAACCAUGAAGAUCUACAGUCAGAAGAUGUCAGAAGAAAUAAGCAACUUCCAUUAACAGUUCAGGAGCUACAAGAGGAGCUGCGAGCUCACAGGGAGAUGAACAAUCGCGUGCGGCAACAGCGGCAGCAGGGGAACUCCUGUCGGGAGCACCACACAGAUCAGGAGUUCAGAGGGGGACUCAGCCCCGGGCACAGUCCCAGAUACAGUCCCAUAAACCUGCAAAGUCCUGCACCAAACAACAUUCCCAAAGUCAGCCCAUCAAACACCUUCAAUCCAAGACAACAAGAUGCUGAUGUCAUCAUUCAUAGCCCUGGUUAUGGGAUGAAUGCUGCAGGAACCACACAAAGACUGAGCCCAGCCAGCACCCUUUACCCCGGGCCAAGGAGCAGCCCAAAUCAGCCCCUCUACAGUCCCAGCCAAGGUCCAGGACUGGUGCCUGACUCUAGCUCCCUUCGACUCUGCAGCCCCUGUAAGGUGCCUGGCUGUGAUGGAUUUUCUUCACCUCCUCCCACAGACGCAUCAGAGGAGAACUUCUUCAGACUGCAGUCAGAGCAUGAGCGGCAGGCCAAGGAGCUCACCCAGCUGAGGAAGACCAUGGAGGAGAUGGAGGUGAGAAUCGACUCUCAGAAGCAGACACUUGGCGCUCGGGACGAGAGCAUUCAGAGACUGUUGGAGAUGCUUCAGGGUCAAAGUCAAGAACACUGUGGACGGGGACAGAAGACAGGAAUAAUCACUAUGGCGGCACAGGAGGCUGAGGCCCAGCUGGAGAACAUGCAUUUGAGAGAGAACACAGCCCCCCCUUUCUGUUUUGACCCUGAUGUUAUCUGGCAGGACACCAAGAUCUCUUCCCUGGAGAGAAACAUAAGAGACUUAGAAGAUGAGGUCCAGAUGCUAAAAACCAGCGGCCUGUUGCACCCAGAUUACAGGCAGGAGGAGCUGAAGCAGGUGGAGGUCUACAAGAGCCACUCUAAGUUCAUGAAAACCAAGAUAGAGCAGCUGAAGCAGGAGCUGAACAAGAAGGAGUCAGAGAUGCUGGCCCUGCAGACCAAACUAGAUGCACUGACCAAUCAGAACUCAGACAGCAAGCAACACGUCGAGGUGUUGAAAGAGUCACUCGCCGCCAAGGACCAACGGGCCAACACGCUGCAGACAGAGGUAGAUGCUCUGCGAGUGCGUCUGGAGGAAAAGGAACAGAUCUUGACCAAGAAGACCAAGCAGAUGCAGGACUUGAGUGAUGAAAAGAGCACGCUGACUGGAGAGAUCAGAGACAUGAAGGAUAUGUUGGAUGUUAAGGAGAGAAAAGUCAAUGUUCUGCAGAAAAAGAUUGAGAACCUGCUGGAACAGUUAAAGGAUAAGGACAAACAGCUGGCUGGGCUGAGAGAAAGAGUUCAGGGCCUUCAGACGGACUCGAGAAACACUGACACAGCUCUGGCUACACUAGAGGAGGCUUUAUCAGAAAAGGAGCGAGUGAUAGAGAACCUUCGGGAGCAAAGGGAACGAGAGGACAGGCUCCGGCUUGAUGAGCUGGAGCAGAUGAGGAAGGAAAACCAGGAAUUAAAGGACAAACUGCCCCCUCUGCAACCCCAGAAGAUGUCCCAGAGCCGGGUCACUAACCCCACCUCCACUCAGAACCAGAAGCCUGAUGGAGAGGUGCUGACCAAACUAGAUGGGUUUCCCACCAUCAGCCCGACAACCCAAAAGACAGAGGAGGCAGUCAGAAUGUGUCCAGACAUUGCAGAGCGUCUGCGGCUUCUGGAGCAGGAAGUGGCCCGCUACAGAGAUGAGUCCUGGAAGUCCCAAGCAGAGGUGGAGCGACUAAAAGGAGCUCUGAACGAUGCGGAAAUUGACAAAUCUUGCAAGGAGAAGAAAAUGACCGAUCUUGAAAGGCAAAUCAAGUCUCCAAAUAUCCAGAAGCAGCUGGUACAGAGUGAGAUAAGGAAAGAUGCUGUGCCAGAUGGACAUCCACAUUCUUUAUCACAGCUGGAAGAGCUGAUGGGGGCUUUGGAAAAGACACGGCAGGAGCUGGACGCCACUAAGGUCCGCCUGUCCUCAACCCAGAAGUGCCUGCAUGAAAGAGACGGACACCUGAACCAUCUGCAGCAGGAGAGACGCAAACAGCUGGAGGAGAUCCUGGAGAUGAAGCAGCAGGCUUUGCUGGCAGCCAUCAGUGAGAAAGAUGCUAACAUCGCGCUGCUCGAAUUAUCCUCCUCCAAGCGCAAGAAAGCCCAGGAGGAAGUGUUGGCUCUGAAGAGGGAGAAGGACAGACUCAUGCACCAGCUCAAACAGCAGACCCAGAGCAGAAUGAAGCUGAUAGCAGACAAUUAUGAGGAAGAUUACAUUCAUCCUCAGCAUCAUCCUCAUCAUUUGCACCACAUGCAUCAAACCAAUGUGUAUCAUCGUAGUCUACCGAGAGUGGUCCCUCAUUCCAAUCACCGACCCCCAAUGGACCAGGAUGAUGAGGAGGGAAUAUGGGCAUGAUGACAGCUACCAUGGGAACAUUCAUCUCUUUGUUCGCUCUGGUUGGAGGCAACAAGGUCAUCUGCAUAUAAACUCCUGCUUCCAUCAGUUCAGUGUCCUUCGUCAAGUUUAAGAGUCAGAUGUUCCAUCUUGUUGAUAAACAUCAUCAUCACCGACACGUGCAUCAAACCACUAAAGACCUGGUCUCGUUGCUGGAUCAGCGCGUUGCCAUCAGUCUAACACAACAGGUGAUAUCUCUGCCCUCCCUGUGUUCUCCAUGCUGUUUUCAGAUAGGAGCUGGAUUUGUGUUACAGUACUGUGGUGCCAGAGUCCUGGCUCUACAUCAGCCAACAGCCACUGCACCGCUGAUAACUGUAGGCCAGGCCAAGCCACUGGAAGAAGCUCUAAAUCCACACCUGGUGUGGCUUACGUUGGCAGGAAUGUGUUUACUUCUGCAGCUAAAAAUCCGACUUUGGUAAAUAUGACAACAUGGACCUCAACAGUUUAAGGAGACCUUCUUAAUGUACCGUGCCAAAGGAGUUGCCUCAGUGUGCUGGGGCAAAUAACUGUGAGGGGGCUACUGUGUUCAUCAAAAGCAACACUAGAUAAAUAAAUAGACAAGAGAAGAAAGGGAGACCCUAACGUACCAGAAGGGAAACGCGACUGACCUCAAACGAGCCAGCUUGCUUAAGUAGACGGUUUUCACAUUUCUCCUUGUGUUCCUUCAGCCUGCUGUGCAUUUGUUUAACGGACCGAUAUCAGGUUCUGUUUGAUUUUUCUACACAGUCUGAGUGCCACUCUCAUUCUUUUCUCUUUUUUUAUUAAACCAGUUGUUUUGUUUGUCUGUUCCUAUGACGAGUGAUGUGCUUUAUUGAUCUUUUCUGGAUUGCGUGGAAAAAAGUGUGACUAAUCUAAACAAAAUGAAGUGACUUAAAAUACAAGAUGAAAUCAGAACAUUUUCCACUGUAAAUUAAUCUGAGGUGGUGAUAAUUGCAGUAUUGUAAUGACUCAGCAGCUUAACAGUGUGUGAAUUUAGUGGUUGGUGUGUGUGUGUGUGUGUGUGUGUGUGUGUGUGUGUGUGUGUGUGUGUGUGUGUGUGUGUGUGUGUGUGUGUGUGUGUGUGUGUGUGUGUGUGUGUGUUUUAGGCCCUGUCCACACGUAGCUGGGGAUCUGCCAAAACGUAGAUAUUUUUCUACGUUUUGGCCUGUCAUCCACACGAAAACGGAGUUUUUUCACAUGAAAACGGAUCUUUUUAAAAACUCCGGCCAAAGUGAAGAUCUGCGUUUUUUCCGGUUGGGUGUCUGCGUGUGGACAGACAAAACCGGAGUUUUAAGGUCCGCAACGUCACUUUCCGCAACAAAAAAAUGCUGACAUCACGUGUCUGACCUGUGUUUACACUAGCCGACAGCAUGUAUGCCCUCAGAGCUGCGCUCGCUUUAUCAAUUGUCCAAGUGCUUUUUGCUUGUUUGUUUUUGCAAGCGGAAUUACUGCUCCUUGCGGAAGACCACAGAUGAAGGACGAGGUCAAGAAUGGGGGAAGUACUGCUGCCUACAGGUCUGGCAUGUCCUUAACAACGUAUUUAUCUGUGUACGUGUGGACAGUUAUUUUGUUUUUUUUUAAACGAGGUGGUGUGGAUGCAAGUUUUUGGAGGGGCGGAUAUUCGUUUUUAAAGAAACCCGGCUACGUGUGGACUAGGCCUUAGUCCUGUGCCCCCGGUUUUAACCCUGGGCCUGUUCCACAGUGUUUUGCAGUCAUCAGACUGUUGCUGUUGUUCAAAUAAAAGUUGUUUCACAAUAAAAGAUGCAACUUGUUUCCUUUAAUUAGUACAACCAACAUCAGCGCUCAUACUGGUAAAUGUGAGAGAACCAGUAAGUAUUUUCACAAGAUUA